AUGAACGACCCCGCCUGGUCCUCCACUCGCGGAAACUACUACUCGGCCAUCCCACCCCACGCCGGCAUGAAACUCGCACGCGAGAUUGCAACCGUGACUUACCGCAGCGGUCCUGAGUGGGAGCUUCGCUUUGGCCGCCGUCGCGCCGACCCCUCGAAACCUCCUGCCCUAUGUCCAGACUUCCUGAUCGAGACGUAUCUCGACCACGCGGGUGAAAAGUGGUGCUUGGAGUACGAUGCAAACAGUCUGCUGUACGUGAGCAAAGCGAUGGAUCUAUUCGACCUAGGCAAGGAACACAUGGACAUGCUCGAAGGCGUGAGAGCAUCCAAUGUCCACAAGCUAGACCAAUUCGGUGCCGACAAACCCACACCGAAACCAGAGAGUGGCGCAGCGGAUCUGUGCAACUUGACGCUGCCGGAUACACCUUAUGAGGAGCAAGAGUCGACGGCGGAGAUCAUGAAUGAGAAUGCCGACAUCAAGGCUGCUGCUCAGGACAACGAGCCACCUGCCGAUCUUGUCAAGGGCAUGCAGGGAUUGAGAGAUAUCCCUGCUUUGGUGCUGGGUGUGGCUUCUGAUAUUUUGUUCCCUGCUUGGCAGCAAAGAGAAAUUGCUGCUGCGUUGAGGAAGGUGGGAAAUAGAAAAGUUACCCAUGUUGAGCUUGGCGAGGAUAGGAGUUUGUUUGGUCAUGACACCUUCCUGCUUGAUCUUGAAGGCGUCGGUGGUGAGUUGAAGAGAUUCUUGGGUUGA